AUGCCUUUGGAGAUGGAGCCCAAGAUGAGCAAGCUCGCCUUCGGGUGCCAGCGGAGCUCCACGUCGGAUGAUGACUCGGGCUGUGCGCUGGAGGAGUACGCCUGGGUGCCCCCUGGGCUGCGGCCGGAGCAGAUCCAGCUCUAUUUCGCUUGCUUACCCGAGGAAAAGGUUCCGUAUGUUAACAGCCCUGGGGAGAAGCAUCGAAUUAAACAGCUUUUGUACCAGUUGCCACCGCAUGACAAUGAGGUGCGGUACUGCCAGUCUCUGAGCGAGGAGGAGAAGAAGGAGCUGCAGGUGUUCAGCGCCCAGCGGAAGAAGGAGGCGCUGGGAAGAGGCACCAUCAAACUGCUGUCCAGAGCCGUGAUGCACGCCGUGUGCGAGCAGUGCGGGCUGAAGAUCAACGGCGGCGAGAUCGCCGUGUUCGCCUCGCGGGCGGGCCCCGGCGUGUGCUGGCACCCGUCCUGUUUUGUCUGCUUCACGUGCAACGAGCUGCUGGUGGACCUCAUCUAUUUUUAUCAGGACGGAAAAAUUCACUGCGGCCGGCACCACGCCGAACUGCUCAAACCACGGUGCUCGGCAUGUGACGAGAUCAUUUUUGCUGACGAGUGCACGGAAGCGGAGGGUCGCCACUGGCACAUGAAGCACUUCUGCUGCCUGGAGUGUGAGACGGUGCUGGGCGGGCAGCGGUACAUCAUGAAGGACGGCCGCCCGUUCUGCUGCGGCUGCUUCGAGUCCCUGUACGCGGAGUACUGUGAAACCUGCGGCGAGCACAUCGGUGUGGACCACGCCCAGAUGACCUACGACGGGCAGCACUGGCACGCGACCGAAGCCUGCUUCUCCUGCGCCCAGUGCAAAGCCUCCCUGCUGGGGUGCCCCUUCCUCCCCAAGCAGGGUCAGAUCUAUUGCUCAAAGACGUGCAGCCUCGGCGAGGACAUCCACGCCUCCGACUCCUCCGACUCCGCGUUCCAGUCAGCGCGGUCCAGAGACUCCAGGAGAAGCGUCCGGAUGGGCAAGAGCAGCCGGUCGGCUGACCAAUGCCGACAGUCCCUGCUCCUGUCCCCGGCUCUCAACUACAAGUUUCCCGGCCUCUCGGGCAGCGCCGACGACACCCUCUCUCGGAAGCUGGAUGACCUGAGCCUCUCCAGGCAAGGAGCAGGCUUCGCCAACGAAGACUUCUGGAAAGGCAGAGUCGAGCGCGACACCCCAGAAGACCCCGAAGAGUGGGCCGAGCAUGAAGAUUAUAUGACGCAGCUCCUCCUCAAGUUUGGUGAUAAAAGCCUCUUUCAGCAGCAGCCCGGCGAGAUGGACAUCCGAGCCGGCGAGCACUGGAUAUCUGAUAACAUGGUUAAAAAUAAGACCGAGUUAAAGCAAAAUAACCAGAGCCUGGCGAGUAAAAAAUACCAAUCUGAUAUGUACUGGGCGCAGUCACAAGAUGGCCUGGGAGAUUCGGCGUACGGCAGCCACCCGGGCCCGGCGAGCAGCCGGCGGCUCCAGGAGCUGGACCUGGACCACGGGGCCUCGGGCUACAGCCACGAGCAGGCGCAGUGGUACGAAGAUUCCCUGGAGUGCCUGUCGGACUUGAAACCGGAGCAGAGCGUUCGGGACUCUAUGGAUUCUUUGGCUUUGUCUAACAUCACAGGGGCUUCGGUGGACGGAGAGAGCAAGCCGAGGCCGUCCUUAUAUUCCCUGCAGAACUUUGAGGAGAUGGAGGCCGAAGACUGCGAGAAGAUGAGCAACAUGGGGACCCUGAACUCCUCCAUGCUGCACCGGAGCGCCGAGUCCUUGAAGAGUCUCAGCUCGGAGCUGUGCCCAGAGAAGAUCAUGCCCGAGGAGAAGCCCGUCCACCUGCCCGUGCUCCGGCGGUCCAAGUCCCAGUCAAGGCCGCAGCAGGUCAAGUUCUCGGACGACGUCAUCGACAACGGGAGCUACGACAACCUGGAGGUCCGGCAGCCCCCGAUGAGCGAGAGGACGCGCAGGCGGGUGUACCACUUCGAGGAGCAGCCGCGGGGCUCCCGGCCCCACCAUCACCACCGCCGCCGGAGGAGCAGGAAGUCCCGCUCCGACAACGCCCUGAACCUCGUGGCCGAGAGGAAGCACCCUCCCAAGGACCGGCUGCGGCUGUACACCCCGGACAGCUACGAGAAGUUCCUGCAGAACAAGAGCGCCCGGGAGAUCCAGGCGUUCCUGCAGGGCGCCGACCUCUGCGGCCGCUACGCCCACGCCACCUCCGACUACGCGCUGCAGAGCCCGCAGGUGCCCCGCUUCCUGGGGCUCUACGGGGAGGACGACGACUCCUGGUGCUCCUCUUCCUCCUCCUCCUCCUCCGACUCGGAGGAAGAAGGCUACUUCCUCGGACAGCCCAUCCCACAGCCCCGGCCACAGCGGUACGCCUACUACACGGACGGCCUGUCCAGCCCCACGUCCGUCCUCCCCGCGCCGCAGUUUGGCCCCGGCAUGACCAAGUCCAAGAAGAAAAAGGGACACAAGGGCAAAAACUGUAUUAUUUCUUAA